AUGAAGCGAAAACUGGACGAAAACAACGAACCCACGUUUGUGCCCCAGACUGCCCCGGAGUCUGAGCCUGACAAGCCUGGCACGUCCGGGGAAACCACCGCAAGCCCUGGCCCUGCCUUCUCUGAUCUCGCUCUCGAUCCGCGGCUGCUACAAGCCAUUGCCAAUCAGAAGUACCAGACCCCGACUCUUGUCCAGUCCAAGGUCAUCCCUCUGGCCUUGAACGGCCAGGAUGUGCUCGCCAAGGCCAAGACUGGCUCCGGAAAGACCGCCGCCUACCUCCUACCCGUCUUGCAUGGCGUUCUGAAGCGGAAGCAGUCUGACCCUACCGCUUUCACUGCUGCCCUGAUACUCGUCCCCACCCGCGAGCUUGCCGAUCAAGUGUUGCGGAACGUCGAACAAUUCUCAGCCUUCUGUGCCAAGGAAAUCCAGGCCGUCAAGCUGACUGAACAAGUCUCCGAAGCUGUCCAGCGAUCUAUACUUUCGAGCGCACCUGAUAUUGUUAUUUCGACCCCGGCAAGAGCAUGGCAGAACAUCAGCAAUGGGUCUCUCUCCGUGGACAAGCUCACAAAUCUGAUUUUGGACGAGGCCGACCUGGUGCUUUCAUAUGGCUACGAUGAGGAUCUUCAGAACGUGGCUCGGUCCGUACCAAAGGGGCUGCAGACCAUCCUUAUGUCCGCCACUCUCACCACUGAUGUGGAGACUGUGAAAGGCUUGUUCUGCCGUGACCCAACGGUACUCGACCUUGAGGAGCCAGAUGCCGAAGGAGAGGGCGUUUCACAGUUUUAUGUCAAGUGCGGUGAAGCUGAGAAGUUUCUCCUAGCCUACGUGAUAUUUAAACUGCAGCUUAUGAAGGGCAAAUGCAUCAUCUUCGUCGCGGAUGUUGAUCGAUGUUGGCGACUUCGGCUCUAUUUUGAACAAUUUGGCAUUCGGAGCGCCAUCUUGAACCCGGAGUUGCCUGUCAAUUCUAGACUUCACGUGGUAGAACAAUUCAACAAGAACAUAUACGACAUAAUACUUUGUUCAGACGAAAAUGAGGUUCUAGGCGAUGAAGAUCAACUAGCACAAACCGUUGAUCAAGGAAAGAAAGGUGGAAACAGCAACGAAAAAGGAGAUGCUCCGCCUAAGAAGAAACGGAAGUCGUCCAAACGAGACAAGGAGUUCGGUGUUUCUCGUGGCAUCGACUUCCAGCGUGUCUCUGCGGUCAUCAAUUUUGACUUCCCAACGUCAUCCAAGUCCUACACACACAGAAUCGGUCGCACGGCGCGAGCGGGCCAACGAGGCAUGGCGCUGUCCUUUGUCGUACCCAAAGACGAGUUUCGAAAACACAUUCCGACAUCAGUUGAGGCCGCCGAAAAUGACGAGAAGGUCCUCGCCAAAGUCCUUCGUCAGCAGCAAAAGCAAGGCAAGGAAGUCAAACCGUACGUCUUCGACAUGAAGCAAGUAGAGAACUUCCGGUACAGAAUGAACGACGCGCUGCGCGCUGUCACCAAGAACAGCAUCAGGGAAGCAAGAACCAGGGAACUGAGGCAAGAGCUUCUCAAGAGCGAACGGCUCAAGCGACAUUUCGAGGAGAACCCGGCGGACUUGAAUCAUUUGCGCCACGAUGGCGAGCUCCGAGCGGCGCGGACGCAGCCCCACCUUCGAGCGAAGCAUGUCCCGGAAUACCUGCUUCCCAAGGAGGGCAAGAAGGCUCUCACGGCGGACCAGGUUGGCUUUGUGCCCUUCAAGAAGCAAGGCGACCAGAAGAACCGUCGGUCCAAGUUCUUCAAGGGCAAGGCGAAGAAGGUUAGCGGGCGCAAGUCAGAUCCCCUGCGGACUUUCAAGGCUCGGAAGAAGACGUAA